GAGUAGCUUCACGGCACUGCUCUUUCAUUAUUUGUUUUGGCUUCCUGGGCGGCGACGCCACAGCUGCCGCUAGUACUUCUCGUAGCGCGAGAGCAUAACUUAGUAGCACCCUUCCCCAUCUAGAGACCCACACUGAGCACCCGCUUCCCCUUCACCCUGUGCAACGCUCGCACAGCAAGUUAGCGACGACGUACGGCACCUGUACCGGCUUUUUGUUUGUUGGCCCAGGAACGAAUACGCACGAGGAGAAAACCACCGUCGUCUAGUAUUAUUAUUCCUUCUGCUUUCUUGUAGUUUGCAUCGUCGUAGCAGCGUACAACAGUGGCCUCCGCCCCUCCUUGCUUUUUCUCUUCUACUUCAGGGUCUUCAACAGCGCCGCGUCGAACGCAGCCAGCGACUUGCCGCUCGUGGCGCAUCAAGGGAGCGAGAGAGGGAGAGAGGGACACACACAACAACAACAACAACAACAGCAGCAAAGACGGCAGCGACGUUAAGUGGGCCUACUGUUUUCCUCUAUCGAAAUAAAACCCCCUUAAAUAGCAAAGCAAUCAAAAACAACAGGACCAACGGAAAGUUUAUGGUGUGUCGAGGACCAUGCUCCGCUCCACCUCUAGCAAACUCCUUCGCACCACCCCGCUGCUGCGUGUGUGGGCUGCCGAGGAGGACGACGCCAACGCGCCGCCGACCACGUUCAAGAAUGUAAAGCCCGGCCGGCUGCUGCGGCUGUGGCGGCAGAUCCGUCACCGUGCGUGGAUCCUCUACACCUGGGAUGAGGAGUGGCUCUCGCCCAUCCAGGAGGGCUACCUGCAUCAGCAGCGUCUCGAGCAGGUGUGCUUCGCGCCGCUCUCCGCCUACGGCAUGGUGCCCGGCAGCUACUGCGACCCGCUGCUGUACAACACGAAGACCACCUCGCCGUUCCGCUGGCACGUGGCGAACACGAAAAGCGACAUUGUCGGCCACUGGUACCUCGACGCUGACGAAAUCUUUCGGCUGAAGGACUGGCAGCCGAAGAACCCGGACGACCCGCUUGAGAUGUUCCCGCGCCCUCCGCAGAUGCUGCUGAAGUGGGACGAGUCGGUCGACGAGCACGGCAACCGCACCUUCCGCUACAAGUACUGCUAUGACAUGAUGGGGCCGACCGGCAAGUGGGAGGCCUACCCCCGCUACCCCUUCUCCCACAUCUACCAGGGCAAUCCCGAUCACCACGGCCGGGCCGAGAGCUACGGCUUCAAGCAAGGCCACCUCCUCCGCUGCAACGACGAGGAGGAGGAGGUGCUGCGGCGGAUUAUGGAGGAGGAGGACAAGGAGUGGGAGAUGGUGAAGCGGACGGAGGUGGUGCAGGAGCCGUGGUCGUACCCGGGCAAGAUCCGCCCGCGCGACUUUGAGGGGGCGGUGGAGCGGGCGAAGGCGCGCUUCCGCGAGCAGAUCCGCUACGGCAAGGAGACCGACCCGAGCGAGGACCCCGACUACGAUCUCGUCCAGGCCGGCGAGUACGUGGAGCCGCGCGACGGGCCGCGGGCGGAGUGGCGCCACUUGUGGACUUCGAACCGCGCGCCCGGCGAGCAGCUGCCCUUUCAAGUCACCUUUAACGACGGCAUCCGUUUUGAGGACAACGAGGGGCGCCCACCGGUGCACCCCGCCAGCCACUUUGAGGAGACCCCGAAGGAGGCGCCAUACAAGAAGUACGAGGCGGCCGACGCAGCGGCGGCGCAGACCGCACAGGACGCCUUCAACGCGGCGAACGACGCCUCCUUUCAGGCGGCGAUGGAGCGCCAUCGUAAGCUGUUUGGUGAUACGAUGGGGAAGCCCACCGGUCCGCAGCCCCCGCUGCCGACGGGGUGCCCUCCGAUGCAAGGCAGCGACGACAGUGGCAAGACACCACCACCACCACCACCGUCGGCCACUUCGUCUUCUCCUAGCGGCACUUCAGACCCCAAGCCGAAGAAGUAA